UUUCCAUAGUAUUUGAUUUGAUGGCUUUAUUUAAUCAACAGGUAUAACAACAACAARCCAAAUGCCAGGUACAAUGACAACACCAGAAACAUCAAAAGUCGAGUCCCAUCAGUCAUCAACAAAAGCAUCAACAACAAAGCCUAGAAAUACUAAUAAUCCUUCGAUGACACAAUCGGUUCCUGAUAAAAAGAGGAAACAAUCUGUUCUCAUGAGGGUAAAAAACAUGCUCAAGGAAAAGUGGUCUGCAUCAGUUCUUAUCAACUUCAAGAAAACAAUUGCAGCAUUGGCUUCGACAUACUGUAGAAUCAAGAAGGAAAUGUGUGGCAUUCCCGACUCUCGGAGAUCAAGGCGUACUAAUACCGAUCAAAUCUACAAUGUAAGCAAUGUCCAUCUCCUGCCUGGAUAUCCUCAGCAAACCGGAAGCGAUUUAUUGAUUGCGUUCUACGUUUUGAAUCCUUCUGGGAGUAACUCGUCUCUUCUACCCGGUAUCGCUCUAAUGACGAUUUCAAACAAUGGCCAAGCAAAUAUCUCAAAGGUCWUWGGAUAUAAAGUAACUAACUUAGGAAUGCUUGUGGGGGCAUCAGCUAAUACAAUUCCUACAACUGCACCCUCUGAGRCUUGGRAKGGGAUYGUUAUUGGUGUAUGCUGUGCAGUUCUGGCCUUGAUUAUCAUCGUCAUUCUUGUGAUAUUAUAUAUCCGUAAAAAGAAUAGUGACAUAAUCGAAACUGAAGGCGUUGAUCUUGAAGAGAGCCAUGACGAACGCUAUCAACCUGGAAAGGAUGACAUAGAACUUGGAAUAGUUGACAACAUUUAUACCAUAGACAUAUAAAUAUGACCUGCCAUGGAAAUCAAGAUUAAAUUUUAAGAUUUUCUUCU